UGUGGCGCACAGGCAGUUCGCAGCCCUCCUCAGUGGGAGAGAAGUUUUCGCCAAAGGAUUCUGUCCAAGAAUUAAAACACCUUCAUGUCGACUCUGUUGGAUACUAACCGGCCGAUGCUAUGGUUACCUUUAUUACGUGGACUCUGUGACUUGCUGAUAACAGGAGCGACUGUGGAAUGAUGCCCAGAGAUGUGAUCACGCAAAUGAACCCCUGAAUUCUUUACUAUGUACAUAGUACCUCUGGUUUCAUCAUUCUGAACAGGUACUGGGCUUGAGAGGUAGAAAGAGAUUUGGACGUCAGAGGGAGCAUCCAAUUAGCUACAAAUUGGAUGCCGACUGCCAAACAAACAAAGAUCUUACAGGUGAAUCUAGUGAUGUCCAUCCUGCUCUAUGUGAUGGUCCUCGUGUACCUCUAUGGUAUCCAGGCAACCAACAUGGAAAACAGUCGCCAGGGGCAACAGCAGCAACAGCAGCAGCAGCAGCAGCAGCACCAGCAGCAGCAGCAGCAGCCCAGUCCGGACCCUUUAAACUCCCUCAUCAUCCAGCUCCUCCAGGCUGACCUGACCAGAGGCAGGACAAGGGGGAACCAGACCCAGCAGGGGAAAAGCAGGGACACGGACCACCGCGAUGCGCUGCCGCCUCUCCACAGUGCUAACCUGGUUCCGGAGGAACGCGGGGACGCGGAGCAGUGGGGAGAGGCGGGCCGCAGCGGCGAAAGCAACGCCAGUGUGGACGAGGGGCAGAUAACCAUGUUGAACUCGGACCUACUGAGGCAGCACAAGCGCUUUAAUUCCCCCCGAGUGCUGCUGAGUGACCGAGCACCGCUGCAACCGCCGCCGCUGUAUAUGGCGGAUGACUUUGUAAGUGGCGGACCAGAGGGCGAAACAUCCGGAAACAAGACCCGGAAGAAGCGCUACACUGAACACAAGAGUUAUCGCGGGGAAUACUCCGUGUGCGACAGUGAGAGCCAGUGGGUGACUGAUAAAACUCAGGGGGUGGACACGAGGGGAACCCCCGUCACCGUUUUGGGCAAAAUUAAAACCAGCGUGACUCAGGAUAUUAAACAAUAUUUUUACGAGACGCGUUGUCAGACCCCGCGGCCUUUCAAGGGAGGCUGCAGGGGUAUUGACGACAAGAACUGGAACUCGCAAUGUAAGACGACACAGACUUACGUGCGAGCGCUAACGCAAGUUCGCAACUCAGUCGGCUGGAGGUGGAUACGCAUUGAUACUUCUUGUGUUUGCGCACUGUCCCGGAAACGUCACAGGACGUAAACCCCCCCCCCAACCCAGAAUUCUACGUUCCAUUUCCAGUUCACAGUGCUCUCCACCACAGGAAUAUGCAUUGAAGUGGUGAUAUAAAAUGACACAUCUCUUGAAGAAAAUCCGGGUCCAUUUCAAUGAAUUUCAGGCUGCAAAUCCAAAUUCAAAUUUCAUGGUGCAGCGCUGCUGUUUUGGAAGAACUCAUCUGAGUCAGGGUGUGAAGGGGAACUGUAUAUAUAAAUUAUUUAAAUUAUAUGAAAUGCAUGUAGUUUAUACAUGUUUAUCUAAAUAUAAAUGUAUGAAUAUAUUUGUGUUAUUUAUUGAAAGAAGUCUGCUUCCAAAGGAACAAAAAUCUAAAAAAAAAAUAAAAAAAAAAAAAAUAAUAAUAAAAAAAAAGAGAAUACAUGACAAUGGACUUAUGUCAAGACUACAAGACCAAGAUGGGCUGCAAAGAUGCUUCACACUGAGACUUAUUAUGUGCCUUGACCAGUGUGGCUGCAAAGCAAAGUGGGACACAUUCACACACAAAACAGGUGUAAAAACUUUCAGCAACAGUUUUGAGAUUUGAUUGGGCACACAUACGAAAUAUUGAAAAUUGGCCAAACCACCUUUACAAACAGUUCAUUCUGUGACGCUUUACACAAACUAAAUCCAGAAAUUGCUGUCAGUGAAUGAAGUGAUGGUUAAAAAAAAAACAAAAAAAAGUUGUUCUUUUGUCUACACUGAUGACCCUCGUCACGAAACUGGUGUCACAAGCAAUAUAUGUUUUUUUCCUUUUAAUAAAAUAUAUAUUAAAAAAAAAAGUAAUGUUUGGAAAUAUUCCAUGAGCAAAGACAUGAUACUGUAUAUUGGUUUACCACAGACUGGUGUGAGCAUGUACUGUAUUCCAUUUCUUCAACACCAGUUCCUUGAAAACCUAUUGGGUUUGCAAAAAAAAAAGAAAAAAAGUUGAAUGCACAAAUUUGAUUGCCCUGUGAAAAUACAUGCCUUGAAUCAAUUUUGGCUUCAGAAUUAUUUUCCAGUUGAUGCUGUCAGUUUAGAUUCCAUGCAUGACAUAAAAAUAUCAAAAUUUGCACGCAUGAUACAGGCCCACAGGGCAAGUACAACUGACUGCUGCACCCAAUUACAAAAGGUUUAACAGCGCGGGCAAUAGACAAGUCCACUGUUCGCCCGUCAGAAGAUUUAUGCUUUGAUUAUCUCAUCAGAUACAGCACAGAGAGUCAGCCAAUGAUGCGAAGGCUUUUCCUGUUUCAUCUUAUUUAGUGGCCUCCUAGAAAGGUGUUUUGGACUUUCGGAUUUCAUAAAAGGCCACGGCAGAACUUGCCAUCUCUAAUAACUCGAGGUGGUCUUACAACGGGGCAAAGCUGAUUUAAGGAGAUGGGCAUACAUGCCGAGCUGGGAUUGAAGUCUGUAAUGUCCUAUUCUAAGACGAGUUUAGCAUUUGCCAGGCUUAAGAAAAGAGGAGAUCAAUGACGCCUGCGAUGUACCGCCCAAAGGCCUGCAUCAAGUUAAAGUCACCUUAUUAAGAAUGUGUUGUGGUAUCGUUCAAUUGUCUCCGGAUAGGACAUGAUCUGGAUGGCUUGUAUUUUUCAGCAUUCGCCUUGUCCACUAAGAUGUGCAUGUUGACAUCUUUAGAUGCAUGACAUACUGGUAGCGCGUCGACUAUAACUCAAUGCGAAUGAGUAAAACCAACGUUUCUUGGUAACAAAAAUACUCAACUUAAAGACAUCAAGACAUCAAAACUACACCUCUGUACACCUGUAUAAUCUUAUGAGACCUAAUAUUAGGGAUGUAUGAAGUUAUGGCUGAAAAAUAAUUCUAAUAGGGAGCUGUCGAGUAUGUUGCAGUAAUGUCCGCAGACUUUUCCUGGAUCAGUUGAUGACUGAAUGAUGAAUGAUUGCAAAAGCCAUUGUUUUGUUCCCUUGGCCCAUUCUUCAAAAAUGUGUUAUUAUUGUGGUUGUCGUAUGCCAGAGUGCGAUAUCACUGCAUCGAGUUUCCACUUAGAUUUCGCAUUGCAGCGCAGGUUCUUUGGAAUUGCGGUUGUACUUUGUCAGAAAGUACGUCUUAAGAUGUGCAGAUCAAUUACAUGCACAACGGUGCAAACGCCAAACUUCAGCCAACUUGAACCCUCUGCUGAGGUCUGACCUAUCACGCUUUUGCAAAUACAUUUUGUAUGUUCCCCUAACCUGUUAAAAUAAACCUACAAGUAGACAAAUAUACCCUGUGCACCCAGAUGAAGCGGGGUCGGGUGUUAAAGAGUCUUAAAUUACAUCCCUGCAUGCUUGUCAAGCAAGAAAAGACAGUGGCUUACAGGAUUUUUUUUCAGCGUUGGAUAGCUGCGCUCUGACAGACGAGAGUGCAAAAAGGUCUUACAAAGGUUUUUGUGUUCAAGUGUUAAUAUCUACAGAAGGUGAGAGGGAGUUUGUGUGUCUUGGACAAGAGCAGCGUGUGGCGUUCACCGUGUCCCGAAGCUUGACGAAAGCCUGGCGCUCGUGUGUUUACGCAAGGAAGGAUCACAGUAAUGUUAUAGUUGAAGGUGUUACACCAAAACCAAUUAACAUCCAACUAUUAUUGCCGCAGUAUAAAGUAGUGUUGAUCUGCUGUUUUUCGACAUUUAAAAAUAGGCGAUUAGAUUCGGAUUUGGAUGCCGUGGCUCGAAGAUUAGGCGAUUUUCCGAGCUGUCUUGGAACAUCGCAACUGUGACUCGGGGUCGUUUGUCACCACUGCAAACACCGAUCACAAUUAGAAAUCAAUUGAAGAAAUGUACAUGUCCGACACUGCUGGGAAAUAAUGUUGAUUUCAUUUGAUUUAUUCAUUUUGUCAUUGUGGUAGCUAAUGGGCUGUGAGAGCAAUUUAAAUCAAAAUAGACCUUGAGAACGUUUAUAUUCAUAUUUCAAAAUGAUCGUUUGCGUAGCAUGUCUCGUCUCUGCGUGAUUAAAAGUGGCAGGUAAAGGACUGACUGUCCUGCAGACCUGUAUAUAACUUAUCUGAAGUUCUAAACAUGCCAAACAAGGUAAAGUGACCAGUUUAUGAUUGUAAUGUCAUUAUUUUGUCUUGAUUUGCUGCAACUAAUCAUCAUCAUUCGAGGACUUUGACCCCGCGUGAGAACACGGUCAAACCUUGGUCUGCUCCAUCUCGCAUAUUUGAGACUUUCAGUGGAUUACGAAAGCGCUUUAGAAAGCCAGGAGCCUAGUGCCUCAUUCAACAUCAGACAUUCCGCAUAUCAGCUUUGAAAUACCAUCUUUUUAAACUCCUUACUAUUUCAGAAUAAAAGUCCUAAUAUGGUCCUCGGGGAGGCCAACCAUCAGUUUCUUGCCAAAAAUAGGCAGUUUCACACAGAGUCGUCCGUAUGUACGCUGGCCUGCGAGUCAGAUGUUAUAAUGCGGGGGUUUCAAGAAUUCAGGCCAGGGAUACAAGAGCGGGGUUGACGUAUAGACUUCUCGUGGUUUUUUUCAAGUCUGUAUUGAAUGUGAGAGCGAGCCUUCAACGGAAAUGUGAACCUAUCUGAAGCACUUCAGUGUGUAUUCAGGGGUAUGUCUCUCAAAAGUCCUCGACUGUAAACGUUGUAAAAAUAUGUGAUGGUUCGAGGGUGGGGAAGGGUUGGCGGGGGUGCAUUUACUAUUGACAUUGGCCGCAGUUGAGUGAAGCUGGCCCACGUUUAAUUAGGUGACAAUGGAAGGCCUGUGCAGCCGGCGGAGGGCGAGACCGUCCUGGUGCGCGCACAGACACAUCGGGGGAUACGAGAAGGGGAGGGAAAAGACGGAAACGAGAAGGUGCUUUUCGCAGAGAUGACUUGCAGAUGUGAGGCCGUCGUGAACAUCUGCAGCUGGACGCGCCACUGACCACCCACCGGGUCUCGCAAUGUAUGUGCGUGUAAAAAAGUAAUGCCAACACGAGUAUCAUUCACUUUUGGGGUUUUCCUGUACUUUGCUCACAAUGUCGAAUGCGAUUAAAAAGUAACAGCACUUUCAUACGUAUUCAAAGACGAUUACGUUGAUUUGCAGGCUUGUGAGCGCACUAACAGCAGAUACAUUCAUUUGAUUGGUUCGGUCUGUGUGUUUAAAAUCGGAUGAAGGAGAUUUUCUUUUUUUCCAUCAAACCAAAUCACACUUUUCCUUCAAAAAAAAAAAAUAAAAAUCUUGUCACCAUGACCAUGUUAUUCUACCUCCACUGACCACACACUUGGCUAUGUUCUGCUCCGGAAAACAAGCAAACGGACACCAGUGCAAUUGGAGGAGGCCCAACCGGUUGAAUUUAAGUGAACUGGAUGGGAGCAUGCGGCUUAUAAGCAUUCGGAGUUUGACGCUUUGCAAAUAUUCAAAUUUCCUAAUAUGGUCAAAUGGUUCAGAUCCCUUUUUAAGAGUAUACUGUCGUGUGAAAAUACACUAUUUCCUGAAAGGGUACGAAAUAAAGCAUUUCAAAAAAGAAUAAUUCAAACAAAAAUAAAAAAAAAUAUGAAUAAAAGUCCGACAGCUGUGAUUUGCAUCCAUACCAAAGUUUGCAUGUUUGAAUCCAGGGAUGUAUAUGCUGUGUACAAUUUGAAAUCCUCACUGUACAAUUCCCAAGUACUUCAAGGCGGCCUCAGAAAUAUUUGACAGUGCGUGAUCGUACAGAUGACGUCAAAUUACAAGAAGGACAUUUCCAGGAGGGUUGCUACCUUUUGGAGCAUUGGGAAUUGGACUGGCUGCGACUGUUGUUUUCAUAAUCUCUAUCAGGGAUGGCCUUGGGAAUCCCAUAACAUUCAGUGUAUGUUUUUACAAGGCUCUUUCCUACAUAUUUUAAGUUUAUGAGAUUUUUCACCCUCUGGUGACAUUUCAUUUGUAUAAGUCAAACUUGUAUUUUCUACAGCACAUGGGUGUAUGAAGCGCUUGCCAUCAUAGCACCACUGUUCCCAUAACUCUGUGGCAAGAUUAUUUUAAUCCUUGUUGAAGUGGAGUCACAACCCACUCACUUUAAAUAAUACCUCAUCUGAGUUUCUCACAAGUCGGACAACCCAGUUUUGGUCAUGUUUACCCUUUCUAAGAAACAAAAUGCUAAGUCUGUCUUUCGUGGAGAUGGAUUGCUCAGAAAAAUAUCAUGGACUUCUCUGAUUUCCAUGAGAAAUUAUUUUCUUGAUCGUGAGGCUGUUUUUUUUUUCCCUUACAUUGACUGUCUGUCCUUGUUUUUUCAGUCUUCCGGAUGGUACCAAUGUUAUAUGCAUGGUUGUAAGUAGGACCCGACUGAUAUGGAUUUUUUGAGGCCAUGCCAAUUCUGAUAUUUGGCAGAAUAAAAUUCUGAUAACCGAUC